UCAGUCAAUCCAACCUGAAGAGAGGGCGAGUCUACGGCUAAAAAUAUAACUGCUAACACAAGAUGGCCGGUUUGCCUCGUAGGAUUAUAAAGGAGACACAGCGGUUGAUGGCGGAGCCCGUUCCUGGGAUCACAGCUAUGCCCGACGACGGGAAUGCACGCUACUUCCACGUGGUCAUCGCAGGGCCUCAAGACUCUCCUUUUGAAGGAGGAACGUUUAAACUUGAACUAUUUCUUCCAGAAGAGUACCCCAUGGCAGCUCCCAAAGUGCGAUUCAUGACCAAAAUCUAUCACCCCAAUGUUGACAAAUUGGGAAGAAUAUGUUUAGACAUUUUGAAAGACAAGUGGUCUCCAGCCCUGCAGAUCCGUACAGUGUUGCUAUCUAUCCAGGCAUUAUUAAGUGCUCCCAACCCAGAUGAUCCCCUGGCAAACGAUGUCGCAGAGCAGUGGAAGAAGAACGAAAGCCAUGCCAUCGAGACAGCCCGAACAUGGACCAGGCUGUACGCAAGCAACACUGAAGUAUAGAAGAAGCGAGCAGAGGCGACUGAAUGUGAUCUACAAAAUGUACUCCUAUUCUGUCAACAUUUGAAUUUAACGGACACACAAGAAAAAAAAAAAAAGAAAUAAGUCCAAAUCUGUUUGAAAGAAAUGACGAGAUUUACUGUUGCAGACUUUUGGGUGACUUAUUUUCCUCUUAAAAUGCGUUAAAUGUGUGUUAGCCUUGCCGUCGUCAUCUUUUUUUUUUU